AUGACUUCAGUUUUGAUGGUUCACCCUUCUCAUACGUGCAUGCCCUCGAAAGAUUCACGUUCCUCAAUUGCGCUUACCAAGCAGAAGUAUCGUAUCCACCCAUUUCUUGCCUUAGAGCACUACAUGGUCACUGGUGUGCCAUCGGAGUGGAUUAAUUCAUCAAAGACGUGGUCUUCGUGCUCUGUGAUUUCCGAAGCUUUGGUUCCACUCUCAGAACCAUUUGAAUGGGACUAUCUUAAUGGUUUUGAGUUGGAAUGGUAUGUGCCCAAUUGCCGUUUUUGUGAAGCCGUACCUGGUAAAGUUUGUGGAUUCGACAACAAUACAAGGUGCAAGCUUAGGUGCUCUAGUGCUAUUAAUUCAACCAACGGUCUCUCAAAAACUGCGAUGUACGGUAUGAAGAUAUGCAUAGGAAUUACAGGACUAUUUUUUCUCGUCAUUGUGAUCAUGUUUAGGCUGGGGGCUUGCGGUCGGGUCAAUCGACCCAUAAUAGAAUUAUCAGCCAUACCUCAUCCACAACCUUCUGCAGUCAUAAUGGGGCUUGAUGAUUCGACCAUUGAUUCAUAUCCUAAGACUCAACUUGGAGAAAGCUUGGAAUUGCCCAAGCCUAAUGACAACACUUGCUCAAUAUGUUUGGGAAACUACCAGCCCCGGGAAACAUUGAGAACCAUACCAGAAUGCAACCAUUAUUUUCAUGCUAAUUGUAUAGAUGAGUGGCUUAGAAGAAAUGCGACGUGGCCGAUUUGUUGA